AAGCUAUGUGGUAAUCCUCACUAAAAUAUAAAUUAUAUACAUAUAGCUGGAACAAAUGGAAAAGGUUCAGUAUGCUAUAAAAUAUGUAAAGCAUUAGAAAAAAACAAUUACAAUGUUGGAAUGUACACAUCACCUCAUUUAUUUUAAUAUACAGAGCGUAUUUAAAAAAAGAAUAAAUGUGCGACAUUUUAGAAUCAUUAUUUAAAUUAUCAGAAUAAAACAAUAUAGAUUUAACAUUUUUCGAAUAUAUAACUACAUUAAUGUUUUUGUACUAUGAAUAGUAAAAAGUAGAUCUAGCAGUUUUAGAAUGUGGUCUUGGAGGUUAAUAAGAUUCCACAAAUGUAAUUGAAAAUACUUUGAUAAGUAUAAUUACAUCUAUAGGAUUUGAUCAUUGUUAAAUAUUAGGAAAUACAUUGUAAGAAAUUGCUGAAUAAAAAGCAGGAAUUAUAAAAUCUAAAAAUCCAAUUGUUUUAGGUCCAAAUUUAUAUCCUUUAGAAGUUUUUUUACAAAAAUCAAAGUCUAAUAAAAUAUAUGUAGCAAAAGAAAAUAUACUUGAUUAUAAUUAAGAAAACAUGAAUAUUGCUAGAUUAAGUUUAAGCGCUUUAAAAGAAAAUUUUUAUGUGUUUAGAAAUUUAGAUAUGAAUAAAGUAGAAGAAGGAAUAAAAUAAGAAUCUAAAUGCAGAAUGGAGGAAUUAGAUAAAAACGUUUGUCCUUUAUUUAUCAAACCCUUUAAAAUAUUUUUUGAUGUAAGCCAUAAUACUUAAGCAAUUGAAAAAGUACUUAUUAGAAUAAAACAUAUGUUUCCAAAUAAAAGAAUAAGAGCUGUUUAUGGUACUUCAGAAUAAAAAGAUGCAUCUGAAAGUAUUAUUUACUUGGCAAAAAAUUGUACUAAGAUUAAUUUAAUUUAAGCAUUACAUUUUAGAGCUAUGAAUAUAUAAUUUUUGUAAAAAUAAAUUGAAUUUUUAAAGUUUUCAAUGCUUAAUUUAAAUGAUGUUUUUGAUUAGAUUAUCAAUAAUGGAUGCGUAAAAAGUACUUUAGAACAUAUUCUUAAUAUUUCUAAUUAAGAUGAAAUUAUUUUAAUUUGUGGCUCCUUCUUUAUCUAAAAAGAAGCUAGAGAAUUUUUUAAUAUUAAAGAUGAAAUAGAUAAUGAUGAAAUUUAUUCUUUGAAAUAUUGA